AUACUCAAAGUAACAGAAAAUAAAAAUACUGUAUUAAUAUUUGAGAUAUUAGAUGGUAAAUUACAGGUGAUUGCUGGUACUAUUGAAAGACUCUUUGAAAAACUAGCAGAUGAAACAGUUCAGGAUAUGGAUUUUGUUGAUAUCUAUUUGAUAAAUCACACCGAAUUUAUAUCAUCUGAAGAGUUACUUGAUCGACUAAUCAGUCGAUUUCAUCUUGGCCCUUCGCCUGGUGAAUACGAGUACUUUAUAAAAUGGCAAUAUCCAAUUCAAACAAAGUAA